AUGUCUGCUCUCGAAGCCAUCAAGUAUUCCCGGGGCAAGUUGGAGGUCCUGGACCAGCUGAGACUCCCUCAUGAGCACCACUACGAUGAGGUCUCCACCAGCGAAGAGGCCUUUGACUGCAUCAAGGCCAUGAGAGUCAGAGGUGCUCCCGCCAUUGCCAUUGUUGCUGCUUUGGCUGCUUCUGUUGAGCUUCACAACGGCAGCUGCACUGUGACCGGCACCGAGGAUGUCAUCAAGUACAUUGACUCCCGUCUGGACUAUCUCUACGAGUCCAGGCCAACCGCCGUCGAUCUUGGCAACGCCGUCAGAUUGCUCAAGAAGACCGUUCGCGGUGUCAAGACGGAGGGCCUGACGGACGCUGAGGCCAAGGAGGCCAUCAUCAAGGCCUUCGUUGAGGCAUCUGAGGAGAUUCUGGCCAAGGAUCUCAAGACCAACAAGUCGAUUGGUGCGUUUGGUGCCAAGUGGCUUCAGGAGCAGUACAAGAUCACCGACGACAGCAAGAUCACUGUCAUGACCCACUGCAACACCGGCUCUCUUGCCACCUCCGGCCACGGCACCGCCCUCGGUAUUAUCCGUACCCUCCGCGACGAAGGCCUCCUCAGACACGCCUACUGCACCGAGACCCGCCCUUACAACCAGGGCAGCCGUCUGACUGCCUUCGAGCUUGUCCACGAGGGCAUCCCCGCCACCCUGGUGACCGAUAGCAUGGCCGCCGCCCUAUUCCGUCUGCGCAAGGCCGAGGAGAACAUUGCCGCCGUUAUCGUUGGUGCCGACCGUGUUGUUCGCAACGGUGACACUGCCAACAAGAUCGGAACGUACCAGCUUGCGGUCCUCGCCAAGCACCAUGGCAUCAAGUUCAUGGUUGCCGCCCCUACCACCAGCAUUGACGUCGACACCGAGACCGGUGACGAUAUCGAGAUUGAGCAGCGCAAGCGUGAGGAAUUGACUCAGAUCAGCGGCGCUGUUGUUAACGCGGAUGGCUCCAUCGACACCAGCAAGUCUGUCAGAGUGGCGAUCGCUGACCAGAGAAUCGGUGUCUGGAACCCUGGUUUCGAUGUCACUCCCCACGAGUACAUCGAUGCCAUUGUCACCGAGAAGGGUACCGUGGUGAAGGGAGAGGAUGGCAAGUUCCACUUCGAGGACUUGAUGCCUGAGAGAUUCCAUCCAACAUCGAACCUUCUCCUCCUUUGGGGCACCUCCCUUCUCUCCCACACCUCUGCCUUCGUCAUUGAUAACAACAACCAUUACCAACAACAACCACUCAUCGUCGAUGAUGCUUCCAUCUCUCCCCUCCAGAUCUCUACCUCAUCCGCUGCCAACGAUGGGCCAUCCUACCGCAAGAACCUCCUCUCCCUCCACAAAUCCCUAAUCGAAAUCCCUUCCAUCUCCCGCACCGAGCAAGAAGUUGGCAAGUUCCUUCUUGACUACCUCCGUAACAACCUCGGCUACGUAGCCAAGGCCCAAUUCCUCGAAAGUGACAAGACUUCCCACGGUUCUGACGGCGAUGACCAUUCCCAAGGGCGCUUCAACGUGCUGGCCUGGCCCAGCUCGCACAACCUGUCCAGCCCACGCGUGCUAGUCACCUCGCACAUCGAUGUCGUCCCGCCCUUCAUCCCUUACCACAUCAACACUCCUGAGGGCUCCGACCAAGUCACGUCCGACACCUUCAUCAGCGGGCGCGGCUCCGUCGACGCCAAAGCCAGCGUGGCCGCGCAAAUCGUCGCGGUCGAGGAGCUCAUCCGCGCCAAGGAGGUCGACCCGGCCGACCUGAUGCUCCUCUUCGUCGUGGGCGAGGAGAUCAGCGGCGACGGCAUGAAGACUUUCUCAGCCGCUUACAACGAUCAAGACGCUGACAAGAACAACAACAACAACAACAACAACAAGAAGGAGUUGCCCCGGUUGCAUUUCAACGCGGCCAUCUACGGCGAGCCAACAGAGAACAAGCUCAGCUGCGGACACAAGGGCCACGCGGGCGGGUUGCUCAAGGCGCAGGGAAUCGCGGGUCACUCGGGCUACCCGUGGCUGUUCAAGAGCGCCACCGAAGUACUGGUCAAGGCGCUCGCGAAAAUCAUUUCGGCCGACCUAGGCAGCAGCGAGCGCUACGGCAACACGACGGUGAACAUUGGUACCAUUGCUGGAGGCGUGGCGGCGAACGUGAUUCCCAAGGAGGCGCAGGCGAAGCUGGCCAUCCGCGUGGCGGCGGGCAAUCAGACGACGGGCGCGGAUAUCGUGAGGGAGGCGGUGGAGAAGAUCUUGAAGGAGACGGAUGCCGAGGCGUUCACGAUGGAGUGGAACGGCGGGUAUGGUCCCGUGGAGUGCAAUUGCGACGUGGACGGGUUUGAGACGAUGGUGGCUAGCUAUGGGACGGAUGUGCCCAACUUUGAGGGUGACCAUGUUAGUUAUUUGUAUGGCCCUGGAAGCAUCUUGGUGGCGCAUGGUGAUGAUGAGGGGUUGAAGGUUGGCGAUUUGGAGACUGCGGUGGAGGGGUACAAGACGCUUAUCAAGCAUGCCCUUGCUGCUUGA